AUGGUCUCGUAUAAUGAAUACCUCAGUGGAAGCAAAAAUCAGUCAAUUUCAGGAACAACCGAUCAAAUAGCUCAUUCUAAUACUGCCUACAAUAAAGAUAAUACUGAGCCAAGUAAAGAAAUCGAAGAAAUGAAAAAAUUAAAUCAUCAAUGCGCAGAAAAAAAAGCGGUCUUCACAACCAAAUAUUCUAAUGGUCAUGUUAGAAAUAAAGAGUUAAAAUUUUCUAAAGAAGUUACAACUGUUAUUCGUGGUACAAUAAUUCCUGCUAAACUUUUAAUUAUUCCUGUCAGAUUGGCAAAUCACACACUGUGCCUUCUAAAGUUAAGGCCACUUAUGCUACAAUUGGCAAUACAUGACACCUGA